AUGGUUGGCAUGGACUGGUUGGGCCGAAGGGUCUGUUUUCCUGCUGUUUGACUCUAUCCUCAGGCCGUGGCCUGUUCACAGCCAUGCCAGUCGACAUUGCCACCCGCCUGUGCCUAGGCCACUCUCCACCACCGCUGGGCACUAUCCCAUCUCCAUGUGUGGAGGGUCGGAGGGGAGUCAGGCUGCGUUGCCUGGGUGCGGGCCCACUGCGGCCAUGCCUGAACGGGAGGACGAGUGGCCGGAGCUCGGAUACCAGCAGCAGCAAGGAGGAGAAGAAAAAGAAGGUGGUGUUUGCCGACACCAGGGGGUUCUCGCUGACUGCCGUGCGCCUCUUCUCCGAGAUGGAGGAUGAGCUGUCGGAGCUCCAGUUCGAGCUGUCUGAUCUGGCAGCGCCACGGCCUACCGAGGGGGUGAGCCUGGGGCAGAAGCCAACUCCAGGCCUCGGCUUGUGCCUGGGGCUGGGCCUGCAGCCGGGCCUCGGCUUACACCCGGGCCUGGAGCCAAGCCCGGGCCUAGGCCUCAGGCCGGACUUUACCCAGCCCUCGGCCGACCUCGCUGCCUUCCAUCAGCGCCUGCAGCGGGACUCGGUCUGCCUGGAGAGCUGCACGGUCCAGGGGGACCACAUCCGGGGGACGGUGCAGGUCCGGAACCUGGCCUACGAGAAGCGGGUGGCGGUGCGGGUCACCUUCGACGCCUGGCAGAGCUUCCGCGACAUACCGUGUGACUACGUGCGGCCCGAGGAGAGGGAGACGGCGACAGGAGGACGAGGAGUCGGGGGAGAUGCCUUCUCGUUCCGGGUGGAACUGCCUGAACGAACCAAGCCCCUGGCCUUGGUGGAGUUGUGCCUCUCCUUCCAGUGCGGCUCCCUCACCUUCUGGGACAACAACCAGGGUCGGAAUUACCGGUUCAGCUCUCUGGGCCGCGUCGCCGGGGGCGAUACCAGCCGAGAGGACCGUCCGUCCCCAUAUGACGACCGGGGCAAGACUCUGGAAGGGGAUCUUGAACAAUUUGGAAGCCCGCGCUCGGUCAACGCCAUCUUCUCCCAGUGGCAGAGCUGGGGCUGGUUGGAUGCUGACUGCUGUUGGUAAAUAGUCCUGCCCCUCGCUCUCGAUAGCUCGUCCAUUCAUCCGUUCACUCUGCUUUGGGCCAUUCACCGUUGGUUUGGGCUGCACUUCCUUCUCUCCCUCCCCCACCCCCCAGGGGUUUUAAGGUGGUUGGAACACGAUGUGAUUGUAAAGCCACGUACACAAUGGGUGCUCCUCUAGCCGUUGUAUCAGGACAGCAGGCCCGAUCUGCUGAGCCCCCUGUUAUAUUCCCCAGCCCCUCCACCUACCGUUCCGCUCUGCCACACGGUGACUGGGGGAGCGAAGGCUAGUUGUUCACGGUAAGGAGCAGAUGAGGAGUGUCCCCCCCACCCCCAGCUAAGUCAAGCGAGGUCUCAUUUGGAAAACGCCCCAAUCCCAGGCUGCCCCUCCCUCCCUUCGCUUCUCGAUGCUGCGGCGGGCAGUCCCCGACUGUUUCCAAAAGUGAGCGCAGGAUUGCUCGCCUUCGAGUGCGCGUCGCUCCCUCCUGAGAGGAACGCGACGGCGGGGACCUGGGUUCUGAGGCUGGGUCGCCCCGCUGGUGGCGAGUGAGCAGAGCUUCGGGAUUUUUGGACGACGCCCCCCCCUCCCCCCUCCACCCCCCCGUUUCCCUCAGUUGAGGUGUCAGGCCGGCCCUGACGCGCUACACUUUCUGUGUUGUCGCAGCUUGGGCUGGUCUGGAUACUGCUGUCCCUGUACCUGUUGGGGGGGGGGGGGGGGGAAA